AUGCAAACUGAAACACUUAAGAAAGAUAUGGAAGAGUUAUUAGUGAAAGAAAUUGAGGUUGAAACACAGAUAGAAAACGUUCAAAAAUUGGGACAGGAAACAUAUUUAAUAGAAUUCGAAAAAUUUAAGGACAAAGAUAAAGUAAUGAAAAGUAAAUAUAAACUGAGGAAUAAAUGCAAGAGAAUUUACAUCAAUGAAGAUAUGACCAAGAAAGAGCAGAAAAAAGAGAAGCAAAUAAGAAAGAGGGCAAUAGAAGAGAAGAAAAAAGGAAAGAACGUUAAAAUUGGGUAUAGAAAUGAUACUGAUCAGAAUCCUGACAAGACGGUAAAUAAGUUGACGAACAGCCAAGGAAAAGGAAAGAACUCUGAAAAGGGACAAACAAAAGAAAUAUGGAAAAUAGGAACGUGGAAUAUAAGGAGCAUUAAUGGAAAGGAAAAUGAACUGAUGCAAGAGUUUCAAAACGCAGGACUGGAUAUUUUAACAGUGUCAGAAACAAAGAAAAAGAAUAAAGGGGUGAUGGAAUUAGAAAAUGGUCACUUGUUAAUAUAUAGUGGAGUAGAAAAUAAUAAAAGGACAGCAGCAGGUGUCGGAUGCAUAAUUCAUCAAAAAUUAGUACAAAGUGUGAGUAAAUGGGAAGCACAUACGGAGAGAAUUUUAACAGUGGAGAUAAAUAAAAGAGAUGGAAAACAAAUGACUGUGAUAUGUGUAUAUGGGCCAGAUGAAGAUGAAAAAGCAAAAAUUUUGGGAGGAAUUAACAUUAGUCAUUGA